AUGGGUGAAAACAAACACAGAGAUCAAAAGUCACUUUCAGUUGAGAAAUCUAAUAAUAAACCCAUUUUUUCUUUUUACUUUUCAUCUUCUUCACCGUGCUCUUUUACUGCCAUCAUCAUCCUCCUCAUCUUCUUCACUUAUUUCUUAUACUCUUUCAGUUUCAUCACUUUCUUACACCCUUACUCUCCUUCUAGAAUCUCCAACUCUCUCCUCGUACCCGUGAUGCGACUCGGAUCCGGUCAACAACCUGACGAAAAGACAGAGCUUAAACACAUCGUGUUCGGCAUCGCCGCGUCCUCCAGCCUAUGGAAGCGUCGGAGUCAAUACGUGAAAACAUGGUGGAAACCAAACGGUGAGAUGAAAGGUUUCGUCUGGCUAGACAAACCCGUAAACGACACCGUUUCCUUCCCCUCAUGGGCCUUCCCCGAGAUCAAAAUCUCUUCGGACACGUCGAGUUUUAAGUAUCGUUAUCGUAGCGGUCACAGAUCAGCCAUCAGGAUCACAAGAAUCGUGUCCGAGACGGUGAGGCUGUUAAACGGGACUGAGUCCGAGAGACACGUUAGGUGGAUUGUGAUGGGUGACGACGACACAGUGUUUUUCCAUGAGAAUCUGCUUAGGGUUUUGAGGAAAUACGAUCAUAAGCAGUUUUAUUACAUUGGAGCUCCCUCAGAGAGUCAUUUGCAAAAUUUGCAUCAGUUCUCAUACGGAAUGGCGUAUGGAGGAGGUGGGUUCGCGAUAAGUUAUCCCUUAGCAAAGGCAUUGGAGAAGAUACAAGAUCGGUGUAUCGAAAGAUACUCUGAUCUUUAUGGUUCUGAUGAUAGGAUUCAUGCUUGCAUGGCAGAGAUUGGUGUUCCUCUCACCAGAGAACCUGGCUUUCAUCAGUUUGAUGUGUAUGGGAAUCUCUUGGGUCUUUUAUCAGUUCAUCCACAAGUGCCAUUAGUCUCAGUCCAUCACCUAGACGUAGUAGAGCCUAUAUUUCCAAGAACUAACCGAGUCGAUGCCGUAAAGAGACUCAUGAUCCCAGCAAAGCUCGAUUCAGCUAGCCUCCUUCAACAGUCCAUAUGCUAUGACACAGCCCGUCAGUGGACAAUGUCUAUCUCGUGGGGAUACACGGUCCAUAUCACACGUACUUAUAUGCCAGCAAGGAUGAUGGAAGUGCCCACUCGCACCUUCAACGACUGGCACAAACGCCACGAUUUCACCAAUGUUGCUUUCAACACACGUCCUGUAACAUACACUGAUUGUCAGCGUCCUCGAGUGUUUUACUUGUCUCGUGCGCUCAACGAUUCCUCAUCAGGCACGACGAUUAGCGAGUAUUUGAGGCACAAUGAGUGGAAUCCUAAAUGCGAGUGGGGAAUACAAGAUCCUUCUGAUAUUAAUCGUAUCUUCGUCUACAAAAAGCCAAACCCGGAUAGGUGGAAUAAGGCACCACGGAGAGAUUGUUGUCGAUUAUUGCCUACAACGAAGAAGGGAACUAUGGUGAUCAAUGUGACAGCUUGUGAAAAUGACGAAAUUGUUGCUUAUUCUGAUAAGUAG